GAAGUGUUCUGUCACUCCGGCGCUGAUUGUGCAGACUGCCGUGACUGCUGCUGUCCGACUUCGUUUAUACCCCAGCUACAUCGGCGGUAUGACCAUCGUCUAACACACCUGCUGAGGAUCUCUGCCCUAUUGGACAAAACACAUGGACACAGACACAUUCAGGCAGCAUGGGCUCCAGACUGAAACAAAACCCUGAGCGAACCUUCAACUGGUUCUUUGAAGCAACGUGCCCCGUAGCCACAGACAAAGAUCCUGGCAUACUGUUUCAGUUUCCAGAGGACUUCAGUGAUGAGGAGUCCUGUCAAACGUUACCCAGGUUCUGCUUCCCAUAUGACAUACAAAGAGUGAGGGAGGGGGUGACCGUGCAGCACUUUACCUUUGUUCUGACUGACCUUGAAGGAUGCCAGCGGUUUGGCUUCUGUCGUCUCACCAACAGCACACGCACCUGUCUUUGUAUACUCAGUUAUCUUCCAUGGUUCGAAGUGUUUUACAAACUUCUCAACAACUUGGCUGAUUACCUCACAAAAGGACAGAACAAUGAGACGAAAGCACUGCUGUCUGCGCUCUACAAGCAGCCCAUACCGCUGGCAGCUGGAUCUGUCACUCUGCAGAUGGGAGAACAGGUAUUGGUCAACACAGAGGUGUCCCAUCCCGUUGGACACCCAGAGGGACAAGAGGGGGUUCCAUACUUCAUUGCUCCCGACCCCAGGAGCCUCCCUUCCAUCCCUGAAAAUAGGAACUUGACAGAGCUGAUUGUGGCAGUAGAUGUGGGGAACCUGCUCCAGAUCUACGCCAGCAUGCUGUUUGAGAGACGCAUCCUCAUCUUUGCCAGCAAACUCAGCACUCUGACGUCUUGCGUGCAUGCCCUGAGCGCUGUGUUAUACCCCAUGUACUGGCAACACAUCUUCAUCCCUGUAUUGCCACCCCACCUACUGGACUACUGCUGUGCACCCAUGCCUUACCUAAUAGGGGUCCACACCAGUCUGUCUGAGAGGGUGAGGAGUCGUGGGUUGGAGGAAGUCGUCAUUCUAAAUGUGGAUACAAAUACUCUUGAAACCCCCUUUGACGACCUCAAGAGGAUACCUUCAGAUGUGAUGGCUGGGCUGAAGGUGUGUUUGAAGCGCCAGGCGGUGUCUCCUGGCUGUGGUGUCUCAAGGGCUUUCCUGAAAGCUCAGGCUCUGCUGUUUGGAGGCUACCGGGACGCACUGCAGGGCCAUAAGGAGGGUGAAAUGUGGUUCAGCGAGGAGCUGUUUCUAGAUCACAAGUCCUCCAGUAUGAGGCAGUUCCUGCAGAGUGCCAUUCAUUUACAGUCCUUCAAACAGUUCAUCGAUGGCCGCCUGGACAUUCUGAACAAAGGGAAGGAGCCAGAUGACCUCUUCGAAGAAGAGAUCCUGAAGUGUGAAGCAGCUGCAGGGAGAAGCAAGUCUUAUCAACAGUUAGUUGGAAAUUUAAAGAAGGGGGGAGGAGCGCUUAUCCUGAACAUGAAGUCCAGAGCAAACAUAAAGGCCAAAGGUCUCGCCAAGUCUGGGUUGAAAAACCUGCUGAUGCACAAGGCCCCCAAUGAAGGACUCGCCCUUCACAGAGGAGGAUCGGUGUCACACCGCCGUGCCCAGUCGGACUGCCUGCAGAACCGCCUGCCAAUCACACAACAUUUUGGGAAGUCACGUCCCCGUCGGCCUGUACACAAACAGAAGGCUCCCAGAGACGAGCAGGACACGGGGAACACUGAAGAUACGUGGGAUGGAGCCGUCUCUGGGCCCGCGGCCGAGCCUGACUCGGAGUUCCAGAAGGAUGAGGAGGAGGGGGAAGAUUCACUGCUGUCUGACGCGGAGGAGAUGGAUCUGCUCGGGGAGAUCUUUGACACGCUCAGCUCCCGCAGCUCCCAUGAGCGCGGCCUGUUGUACGGCACACGCAGCCUGGAUCUGUUUGGACCGGACAGUCAUGACUAUAUCAUGAAGCGCGGUUUUCCAGCCAACCCCAGCCAGGAGAGCCUGUCUCUGUCCAUCAGUGGCAGCGGCAGCCUGCACAGCUGGAAUUUGGAAACCACAGAGGAGCAGUCAGAUGUGACAGAAGAUUCUGAUUGGCUGUGCCGGGACACCAGCGUGCCAGAGGAGGAGGGGACAGAGAAUCUCGGGGAGCAGGAGAGUGGACCGACCGGGGCCGGAGAGAAACAGGAAGAAGCGACAAGUGAACAAAGUGAACAAGAAGUGAACGCAGUUUUAAAUGGGAACCAAGAGGCAGAAAUAGACAACAGAAAUAUCUUUGAGGAAGUGAAGGCAGAGGAGGAGAGCAAGAAUGAUGGCCAAGAUAAGACAGUGAGUUUAGGAGAGGAUCCUGAAAGCCAAAUGGACGGAGAGUUGAAGGAAAAGAGGGAGGAUGAGCAAAAUGAGAGUGUGGGGGUAGUGGAGGGAAAGGAGACAGAAGAAGGGGGAAAUGAAGUGCCGAAAGGCGUGACGAGGGAAGACGAGGGAGGAGAGGAGAAAGGUGAAGAAGUGACGGAAUGUUUAAACAAACUGACAACACUGAAUCCUCAACAUCCCAAUGCUACGGAGGAGCAGCAAGGACAGGAAGACAAGAGCGACAUCGUUGAACCUCCUGCAGCUCAGGAAAAAAGGAGAGAAGCAGUUCAGCGAGAGGAGUGGGAGUUGAGACAGACCCCCACUCCUCCUAAAGUACAAUCUGCCGUAGUGCGCUUCCAGUCUCAGGGGCAUAGCCAGGGUUUACAGCUGAAGUCCAGGGCCAAAGAACUUGCUGAACCGGGGACACCCUGCAACACGUUCAGGAUCAGGGUGGACCCAAAAUCUCAGCUGCUGUGUGACACAAAUAUGUCAGAAGAGAACAAUCGCUCAGGGGGACACGAGGAGCACGACCUGCCUCCAAUCAAAGUGUCUGAACUCAAGAAGAGGUUUGAAGCCUAGAGGGUGAGGUUGGUGACAUUCUAGAGAGUUCAUACUGUCAACAACUGAAGACAAAAGAGCAACCUGUGAGUCAUUUGUCCCACCUGUAGCAGUAGCUGUUGCUACUAAAGAUAUUUAAAAAUGGAGCGAUUAAGCUACAGUGUGGCACUGAUUUGUAUGCCAGAGACUCUGGCCGAUAGCUUUUGAAUAGUUUGUGUUCUCCAUUUGUUGACAAUAAGAAAAACAUGUAACAUCUCCAGACCUUACCCUCAGGGGCACAAACUGGCUGGCGGUCACCUAGCCAAUAUUUAGUAAAUACUGAAUAUUGUUUACUUGAAGAAAUGACUGGUGAAUUACACUCAGAAUGAAGGCAACAAUGGUUUGAAAUAACAAAAUAAAUUGUGUAACAGCGAGGACGAUGCAUUUGUCACGGAUACACGGGUGUAUGUGUGUGAGAGAUAUGUGCACUCCGUCGGCUACGUCCCGGCAAAAAACUGACAAAUUCUGGGGAUCAUUAUUCUAUUUUUGGUACGUCUGAAUAACUUAAAACAGCAAUAAAAGUAAACAUUCUGA